GCGAACCAACACGAACUGGAUGCUCUUAAUGAUAUAUCUAGUCACAUUAUCGAAAAAGCCCACCAGAUUGAGAGUGAUAAAAUUAAUAAGGAAAGUAUCGAACUAAACGCCAGUUGGACUAGUGAGACAAGUCUUUUGGAAAAUCUACACGAAAAUUUGAUUCAAUUGCGGGAACAGUGGGUUCAAUUGGAAGAUAUUCUCCAAGAGCUGGAAACAAAGUCGAAUAAUUUGCUGGAGAAGGACAAGAAUUUGGAUUUAACCGUGCAAUCGAAAGAGAAUCUGUUGUCUAAGAAUCUAUUAGUCCAGAAUUUGUUAGAUGACAAAUCCGUCCUUGGUCAGUUGAACGGAAAAGCUAAUUCAUUAGCUAAAACUUUGAUCGAAGCUCUAAGGGAACAACAACUGUCACCGCAUACAUUGGAGGAAAAAUUAAACCAUUUGAAUCAAAUCGACUCUAGGUUGGCUGAAAAUUUGAAAAUAAAACAACGACACAUAAGACAGAAAAUAGAAGACUUGCAGCAUUUCUCCGAGCAAAUUUCAACCCUUACUGCAUCUGCUCAAGCGUUGUUGGCAAAUCUUAAGGAAAUAAAUCCUUUUGAUGAACGGUUAUUCCAAACAGAAAAGAAGCUACUAUCGUGCAAAUCAAAGGCAAAUGAGUACUCAGAUCAAGCAAUUCAAAUUUCUAAGCACAUAGACGACAAGUAUUUAGCUACUCAGGAGUUCAUUCCUGUUGAUUUAGAGGAGAAAAGAAAAGCAUUGGAAGCAUUGCUUGCCAACAUUUCUGACACCAUGGAAGAAUACAACUGCAAAUACCGAAAAGCCAAGGAAGUCCGAACAGACUACUUUGUAGUGUAUGAUAAAAUCAAAACCUGGAUAGAAAAUGCAGAACUGACCAUGAGUAAUCACAACAUCGAUCCCAGUGAAUUAAAGACAAAACUAGUCCAACUAAUACACGAUUGUAAGGAUGUACGGCUAGCGUAUGAACAACUAGUGUACAAUGGUAGUGAAAUAAUCAAAAACUGUUCGGACAGCAAUGAUCAGAGAGCGAUGCAAGCUGAUGUGGAUCAAAUAUCCUUUGAACUCACAAAAACAAUUCAGCUUGUUGAGGAAAAGAACCAGACGGUUGACCAAAUUCUCGGAAACUGGGCUAAUUUCAUGAGAGUUUAUCAACUGGUUGUCGACUGGUCAGUUAAACUGCGCACACUUUUGAAUCGAAAACUGCAACUCAAUUCACUCCAAGAAGCCCAAUUAGCUCGCCAAGAUUAUGCGAGCGCAGUAUCUAGUCUGACUGAUGUAUCGCAAAACUUAAGCGAAAUGAAUCACGAAUUCGAUAAAAUAAACGAAGUAUGUUCGACCGGAUAUUUGAAAAAUAAAUUACACGAAGCCGAGACACUCAAAAUCGACAUCGAAACCGUCCUAUUCGAAAGGAAUUUGUUCCUACAUGAAACUACAGAAGAGUGGCAGCAGUUUGAGCACAAAAUAAAGAGUGUAAGAGAAUGGAUACAAGGCGGUUACCAUUCUCUAAACUCUCCAGAACUGAAAAAUAAACCAUUACGUGAUCAACUGAGAAUUCUUGAACAAAUGCUUGCUGACAUUUCGGCACAAAAAAUCAAAGUCAAUAUGUCACUUGAGAAAUUACAGGUCCAUUUCCAUUCGGAAGUCGUAUACUCCGAUAACCCUAACAUAGUGCAUAGUGGACGUACUGUUAUUGAAGAUCUCGAUAAGCUUAACAGAGAUGUGUUCCAAACCACGCAAAACUUGGACAAAGCGUUAGUACAAAUCGACGAGUGUCAAAGUGAAAUGCAAACAAUACGGCAACGUAUUGUGCAAGAAGAGCAGCAGCUUCGGAAUAUUUUAUCACCACUACAUCAGUCAUGCGAUAGUGAUAAGAAUGAACAGGAACUUCCGAUAACCUGGACGCAUGGUAUUGAUGAAACUGCUCAACAACAUGAGAUCUAUGACCCAAUGGUGCAUCAGAAUAUAACACGCCAAACAGAGUUCGGAAUUCCACAUCAAUUUUUAAUGUCGACGCACACAAUGUCAACAGAAAAUAACAGUGCAAAUGUAUCUUCCUACGAGUCUUCAAACAUGAAGCCAAACGUAAUAUCGGUUUGGAACAAUUCAGAACGUACGUAUGCUGAAGUAGUUGCGGGCCUACAGAGACAACGAAACGCUCAAAUUCAACGCAAUGCUAUUGAACUCCGUUCUCACAAAAAUCUAUCUGUCAGUCAAACGACCGAUGCUUCCGAUAAAACUGAAACAGCCAUCAACUAUGAGCGCAUGGAACUAUAUGAUGACCCUAACAUACAGAGUGUACCACGUGAGCCACUACGAGGCAAGAAGGACAAAUCAACUAUUGACAUUAAAAGAAAAUCUAAACCUAAACAAACAGCUGUUCAUUCAUCAUCUAUCAAAAAGAGUAACAACAUUGAGAAAACGGGAAACUUCAUUCUCACCGAAGCAGCAAAUACAGCAAAGCCUGAUAAUCACAACAUUGUUGAAAUGCCUCAGAUUAUUGGGAACACAAAAGGCAUUACAACCGAGUAUAAAACGGACAGGGAUCCAACUAUCAAAAAGGAGUCUGCUGGAAAAACAUACGCAGAUGUGCUUAAGGAUUUAGCUUCCAGAAAGCAGAGUGCAUCCUACAAUUUGCCACAGUUUGACUCAUCGAUUGGCGUUCUACAAACUACCAUCUCCAGUACAAUACCACCGAGCUUAAAUGUUGCAAUCGCUGAGCGUGACAAACAAUCCGAUAAGACAGAUCAAGUGCUACCUUCGUCGCAACGUAAACGCAAACCUAAGGAUUAUUUCAAACCUCCUCAGUCUUUAACUGGUCGAAAGAAAGUUAAUACUAAAUUUCAAUCAACUCAGGGUCAUGCUCAUGAUGACACUAGAUCCAGUGUAAAAACAGAAAGUCUGAACAUUAGAAAUGAAUCGGUAGAUUUGCAUUUUACUCAAUAUGCGACCACCUCCAAACCAGCAGAAAGUGAAAGCAAAACGUUCAUGUCCGAGAUAGAAUUUACCGACGAGCUUAAGCUUAUCAGUGCAGAUAAAAAUUGUGAAUCAGAAGACAACAUUAGGUCAGCAAAUCUUAGUCAUGAUGUUAUAUCACCCGGCAUUACUGAAUCAAGUGACGUAAUUGCACGCAAAAAGAUAAAGAAAAGAAAAACAAAGAAGAACACUGUAGCUGAUCAUUAUGGUGAAAACUUGCCUGAACCCACUGCGAGUAAUAUUCAGAAUGUUCAACCAACAGUGGACGCGAAUUCCAUUAUUUUCAAGUCUGAACCGAAAUCGCUAAAGAUCGAAACAGCGAGUUGUACUUCCGAAACAAUACCAGAAGCUCAAGAAAAAUCAACCAACGCUUCUACAAUGGUUACCACUGUUGAAAUUAUUGCCAACUCAGAAUUAGAAAAUCAAAAGAAGCCCGAUCAAAAACGGAAAAUGAUGAAGGUUGAGAAAAUCAGGAAAUCAAAUUCAUCAAAAGUAUCCGCUAUGUUACAAUUACAAAGUGCCGAAUUUGAGCAAGAACUAAAUGAAAGUAGAAGAAACGAUUUUCCUAUUUCACAACGUAUAGAUGAUUGUUCAACUGUAGCAGAAGCUACUGCGGAAAAUAUAACUGAUGGAUUCAAAAGUAGUCUUGUUUUCGACGAAUAUGACUUUUUAAAUACGGCUAAUAGUUCAUCAUCGAUCACAACUGAUUAUGAAAAUGAAACAUCAUUAUCAGAAAAAGAACCACCGAGUGACAUGGAUACUGUUAGCUCAGGAAAAGUGGACAGUAAAUCCGAGAUUAGUGAAACAAUAUCGUCACUACUACUAGUAUCUAACAAUAGAGUGCAAAAAACACCUGGUGAAUCUGCUGUAAAUGGAAAUGAACAAGAUGACACAUCAAAGAUUGAAAUUUCAUGUGCAAAUUGGCGUGAUAAACGUCAAAAAAUUUCGAUGAUUACACAUGAAGAGUAUCAUUUACAACCAAUCUCAUACAUGAAGUUUGACUUACCAACCAUUACGGCUGAAAGAAUUACUAAAAGCGACAUUAACAGCCAAAUUCAAGAUCAAUUUAAUGUUGAACAUAUUUUCCAAGAAGCACCAGAUAUGCAAAUUGAAGAAGCUGUUUGCUUGGAGCCUUCGCACAAAGAUGAAGUGUUUGUUGCAACAGAGGUAUCCGUACUUGAUUCCGUUACUGAUACAUCUGUUCAAUCCAAAUCGACAGCAGUGCUUGUUAAACAAUCAUCAACUUCAGAACCAAGAAAUGAAUUGGAUACAUCGUUCAAUAGUGAAGUAGAAUGUUUUAUGGCUUCAGGUGAUACUGGAACUCAUUUUUCAACAACUACUUCCAAUGUUAUCUAUAAAACAACCACUAUCCUAUAUGAAUCUUCAUCUGAACAACAAGUUAUUGAUGAACACUAUACACAACCAGUGAUAUUUGAACAACGAUCAAACGAGAUGGAAAAACAUCAAAAAGAUUUCACUUUGAACGAAGAAUCCAAUCAGCGAACGGAAGUCGUAUUUCAAACAUCUAAUGAAAUAAUAGAAAGCUGCUCUUCAAUGGCUUUGGAACACGCUUCAAGUGCCGACACUGAUGAAGAGAAAACUCUCAGAAUCAUGAGAGAAGAGUCAUUCAACCAGAAUGCAAAUAAUCAGCAAGACUUAACGACUCCAGUGAAAUUGGUUGAAGGCAAUGAAAAUGAACUGAAUAUCGCAGAAAACGUGACAUCCAUCAAAGAAAUCAAGCUAAAAAGCACUGCAACAGUCAGUUCCCUGUCAGAAAAAACAGCUUUCACAAAGCAAGAUCACAUUUUAGAAACAAGAAAUGUAGAAGACAAUGUUGACAUGCAAACAGAUGCUGUACCAAAAGUGGAGGAUAACAUCGAGGAAGAGUUUGGUUCACUGGAUAAAUUAAUUCCAAAAGAUUAUGUUGAAGUAUUGUCUAACAAUCAAUCUGCAAUCAAAAAGGAAACAAAUGUGGAACAAUCAGUUACAGAAGAAGAAAAUAUUCUAAUUCAAAUAAGAGAAGAGUCAUUCAAACAGGACGAUUCAAUUGAACUUGCUGAAAAAAACCAGAAUAAUGAUCAAAACACGGCAUCAUCUAAAGAAAUGAUAAUUAUACCCACCACAUUAGAGGUACGUAGUGAGCAGGUUUGCACGGAUGAAGUCAUGCCUAUGACAGAAACAACAGAAACAAGUAAUGAUGAAAAGAAAAUAGAUACUGUACCAACAAUGAAGGAUAACAUCGAAGAACAGAUCAACUCACAAGAUGGACAAGAUUAUAUUGAAGCAGGGCCAAGCGAUCAAUUUGAAAUCAAUGAAGAGAAUAUUCUAAUUCAAAUGAGAGAAGAGUCAUUCAAACAGGAUGAAUCUACAAAUAAUCUGGAAGACACAGAUAUAUCGAACGUUGCAAAUUUAAUCCAAGCUGUCAAAAGCAAGGAUAAAUAUCAGAACGACGAAGAAAGCGUAGUAUCAAUAGUAGACACCAAAAUAAUAAGCACUGCAUCAGAGGAAAGUAUUGGGCAAGUUAGCAUGGGCGAAGUCGUUUCAUUGACAGAAACAGUAGCUGUUACAAAGCAAGAUCAGUGUUUGGAUGCUAGUGAAGCAAUAAGUAAUGUUGAAAAGGGAAAAAUGCAGGAGAACAUCGAAAAAGAAUCACAGGAUGGAUUCAUCCAGAAAGAUGGCAUCGAAGAAUUGUCAAGAGAUCCAGCAAUAAUCCAUGAAGAAAAUGUUUUAAUUAAAUCUGUACCAGAUGAGGAGGACAUCCUGGUUCAGAUAAGAGGAGAGUCAUUUGAAUAUGAACAGUCAGCUUAUAAUGCGGAUGAUACUAAAAUAUUGGAAAACAUUGCACAUUCUGUCAAACUGAUUGAUAACAAACAAAAUGAACAAAAAGUCGCAGAAAACGUCACAUCACUUAUAGAAAACAAAAUAAUAAGCACUAAAUUAGAGGAAAGUAUGGACCAAGCUAACACGCAUGGCAUCAUCCUUACGUCAGAAGCAGCUGAUUUUACUCCAGAUCAAUAUUUGGAGGUACACGAUUCUUUAUGCAACGUCGAAACAGAUGCUGUACCAAGCAUAGAGGAUAAUAUUGGAAAAGAACAUGGCUCACAAGAUGGAUUGAUUCCGAAAGAUGAUAUCAAAGCAAUCUCAAGCGAUCAUCGUACAAUAAACGAGGGAAACAUAGUGACUCAAACUGUAACAAAUGAAGAGCAAAUACUAAUUCAAAUGAUAGAAGAGUCAUUCAAAAAGGAUGUUUCUACAGAUAACCAGAAAUAUGCUGCAAUGUUGGAAAACGUUGAUAGCAUGGAAAAUGAACAGAAAACUGAAGAUAACGUAACAUCAUUGGUAGAAAACAAAAUAAUAAGCACUGCAACAGUGGAACAGGCUAGCGUAGAAGAAGUCAUUCUUAGAUCAGAAACAGCAACUGUUACAAAGCCAGAUCAAUGUUGGGACGAAAGUGAUACGUUGAGUAAGGUUGCAAAAGAAUCCGAGGUUGUACCUAAAAUAGAGCAUAACAUCAAAGAAGAGAAUUAUUCACAAGAUGAGUUGAUCCCUAAAGACAAAACCGAAGGAUUGUCAAGCGAUCAACCUGUAAUCAUCGACGAACAAAUUUUAAUUAAAUCGAUACCAGGUGAAGAGGACAUCCUAGGUCAGAUGAGAGAAGAGUCAAUCAAAGAGGGAAGGUCUACAAGUAAUGAUGAUGAUACUGAAAUAUUGGAAAACAUUGCAGAUCCAGUUGAACUAGAUGAUAAGACAGGAAAUUAUCAGACUAUGGCAGACAACGCGACAUCAUUUACUGAAAACAAAACAACUAUCACUGAAUUUGAAGAAUGUACGCAAGCAAGUACGAAUGUAAUAAUUUCUAGGAUAGAAACAGCGAGUUCUAUGAGGUCAGAAGAAAUAAUGAGCAUUACAUUAAAGGAAUGCGUUGGGCAAGUAAGCAUGAAAGAUACUAUCGGAGAUGGUUUUGAUUCACAAGAUGCGCUCAUCCCUAAAGAUGAUAUCAAAGCAUUGUCAACUGAUCAACCUGUGAUCAUUGAGAAACAUAUUUUAAUUCAAUCCGCACCAGACGAAGAGGAUAUUUUAAUUCAGAUCAGAGAACAGUCGUACGAACAGGAAAAAUCUGCAAAUAACCAGAAAGAUAUUGAAAUAUUGGAAAACAUAGCAGAGUCAGUUGAACUUGUUGAUAAGACAGGAAAUGAUCACAAGCUCACAGACAUCGUGACGCCAUUUAAAAAAAUCGAAAUUACAAGCAAUACACUCGAGGAAUGCAUUGCACAGGCUAACAUGGACGACGUAAUUCCUAAGACAGAAACAGAAGCUAUUACAAAGUCAGAUCACAUUACAGAAACAAUUACGGAACGUAAUGUUGCAAAGAAUACAGAUUUUGUACUGAAAAUGGAGGAAAACAUUGAACUAGCGACAGGUGAUGAAUGUAUACCCAAAGAUUAUAUUGCGGCAUUACCAAGUGAUCAAUUAACUGUAAUAUCAGAAGAAAUUACUCUAGUUCAAAUUAGAGAAGAGUCAUUCAAGCAUGAAGAAUUUUCAAAUAAUCUGGCAGUCUCUGAAAUAUUGGCUAACGUUCCAGAUUCAAUCGGACUUGUUGAAAGGAUGGAUCAGAAGAUUACAGACAAUGAGACAACAUACACAGAAGAACGCUCUGAGCAGGUUAGCACGGACGAUGUCCUUUCUAGGAUAGAAACAGCAACGAAUACAAAGGUAUAUCAAUCGUCGGACGUAAGUAAUACGUUAAGAAAUGUCGAAAAGGAAUCAGAGGAUGUACCAAAAAUAAAGGAUAUCAUCGGUAAAGUGCAUGGUUUACAAGAAGAUGGAUUCAUCCCGAAAGAUAACAGCGAAACAUUGCCAAGUGAUCAACUAGCAACCAUUGAGGAACAUGUUCCAAUUCAAUCUGUUCCUGAGGAAGAGGACAUUUUGGUUCAGAUGAGAGAACAGUCAUUCAAACAGGAAAGAUCUAUAAACAAUGAGGACGACAUUGGAAUAUUGGUUGAUGCUCAUCAAAAACCUUCUAGCGAAAAACCUUCUGAUGACGAAGCAAAACAACGUUAUUUAGCUAAAAAAGCCCAAAGAAAAGAUAAACAAGUGUUGAAAGAAUGCCGUGGUACAAAACCUGAUACAAGUGAAGCAUUGAAUUCUCCAGAAGAAGUUAAGAAUGCUUCAGAAAUUGUGGCGCAAAACAGUUCAAUUGAUGUAUGGAAAUCUGGGCCAUUAUAUUCCGAAGUAGUUACAGGAAAUUUAGGUCGAAAGCACAAAACUAGUAAUGAGUAUAAUCUUUCAAGUAAUCAGGUUGACGAUGAACCAUUGGAAAACCCUGCAGAUCAAGUUGAUAUUGUUGAUAACACAGGAAACAAUGUGACAUCAUUUACAGAAAUCAAAAUAAUAACCACUACAUUAGAACAACGUAUUGAGCAGGCUAGCAUGGACGAAGUCAUUCUCAGUAGGCCAGAAACAACAAUUUUCACAAAACCAGCUCAAUGUUCGGAUGAAACUGAUAAGUUGAGUACUACUGAAAAGGGAGCAGACGCCGUACCAAAAAUGAACGAUAACGUCAGAGAAGAGCAUGAUCCACAAGAUGGAUUUAUCGAUAAAUAUGGCAUCCAAUUGUUAAGCGAUCAACCUGUGGUUAUUGAGGAAAAUAUAUCAAUUCCACCUGUAUCAGACGAGGAGGAAAUCUUGAUUAAGAUGAGCGAAGAUUCAUUUAAACAAGAAACGCCUCAAAAUAAUGUGGAAGACAUUUAUAUAUUGGAUAAGGUUGCAGAUCCAGUUCAACUUGCCGAUAACAAAGAAAAAGAACAGAAUCUAACUGGCACGGCAACAUUUACAGAACACAAAAUGAUGAGCAUCACACUAGCGGAAUGUGUUGAGCAGGCUAGCACAGACAAAUUCGAUAAAUCUUCAGGAAAAACAGCUUUGAUACAUCAAGAUCAAAGUUCGGACGUACACGAUGCGUUAAGUCAUGUUGGAAAGAAAACAGACAAUGUACCAAAAAUGGAGGAAAACAUCACAGACCUCACUUCACUGGAUACAUCCAUUCCUGAAGAUGAUUUUGAAACAUUGCCAAGCGAUCAACCCAUAGCCAAUGAGGAAAUAAUGUCAACUGAAUCUGUAAUAGAAGAAGAAAACAUUCUAAGUCAGAUGCGAGAAGAAUCAUUCAAACAGGAUGAAACUAUAAACAACCAGGAAGCUACUGAAAUGCAAGAAAACGUGGCCAAGCUUGGUGAUGACAUUGAUCAAGAACAGGGUAUCGAAGACAGUGCAACAUCAUUUACAGAUAUCAAUAUAUUAAGCACAUCAUCAGAAACAUGUAUUGGGCAGCCUAGCAUGGUCGAACUUAGCCCCAGAUCAGUACCAGCAGAUUUAACAAAGGUAGAUCAAAGUUUAUAUGCAAGUGAUAAUUUGGAUAAUGUUGCAACGGAAACAAAUGCUGUACCAAAAAUUGAGGAUAACAUUAAAGCAUUAUCAAGCAUCAAGCCUGUUAUCAAAGACGACAAUAUUUUAGCUCAAUCUGUACCAGCCGAAGAGGACAUCUUGACUGAGAUGAGAGAAGAUUCAUUCAAACAGGAAAGGUCGUCAAAUAAUCUGGAAAAUACUGAAACAUUGGAAAACGUUGGACAACCAUUACGGACAAACCUUAUCAAUAACGAUGAUAAUGAACAGAAUCUAGUUGACGUAGCAUCACUCACAGAACACAACAUGGUUAGCACUACAUUAGAUGAUUGUAUUGUGCAGCCUAGCAUCGAUGAAUUUGUUCCCCGCUUAGAAAAGACAGCUUUAACCAAGCAAGAUCUAAGGAAACCGGAGGAUAAAAUGCAAGAUGCAAAAUGCAGUAUUGCACAAGCAAACGAUAUCAAUGUUGCUCCUGCUGGUAAUAGUUACAAGAACGAGAAACAAUUACUCCAUGAGUACUGGAAAUAUCAUGAUGCUGAAAUGUUGCAUAACACAUAUAAAACAUCCAUUGAUGCCAGCAAAGACGUCAUCAUGCAUCUGGCACAUAUGAAAGAUGUACCUGUAGAGGAUACAAAACAGUCAGCAUCACCACAUAUGGAUGAACCAUCGGAAGUAACAACAACAGAGAAUGUAACUCUUGUAUUCCAAGUGGAAAGGAUUGAGAGCGAACAUGGUUUAUUGAAAUCGGAAAAUGUACAACUAAAUGAGCAGUUUGAACAAAUCAUUAAAAAUACCUCAGCCAUUGAAAGGAAAAACACGUUGGCUUCUACUGUUGAUGUACUUGUUGAGAAAGUGAACCGCGCAGAUAGUUGUAAACAUGAAGAAAGGACACCUUAUGAUUACUGGAAAUAUCAUGAUGCUGAAAUGCUCUACUACACGCAUUGUAGUCACAAGUCUUCUUGGACCGAUAUCACGGAAAAAGACAGUUUGAUACCUGUUGGCAAGCUCACCAAAAAUAUGGAAUUUGAUGAAAUGUCCGAGCGGCAAACAAUAACCAUUACUGAAAGAGAAUCGACUAAAACUGAUUUAGACGUACACAUUGAUUCAGUGCAUGCAUCCAAAAAAAUCACCCAAAAACAAGAAACGCACCACGUACAUUCUGCAGAUGCAACCGAAUUAACUUCUGCUUCUACUAUUGAUACACAAGGGGAUCGUGUGGCUAGUUAUGAAUAUGAGAACCAAUUCCCUCAUGACUAUUGGAAAUAUCAUGAUGUGGAAAAGUUGCAUAUCAAACAAAAAACAUUAAAUAAUAUCGAAAACUCACACCUACCAUUGCUCGAAUCAAAGACUUUGACCGACAUCAAGCAAAAAGAUGUUGAAAAUCAAUCCACCAUUGUAGAGACUGACUACUUGUCGCUUUUAAGUACCUGUGAUUCUAGAAGUUCUGUAUCCGAUAGUAAGUUCUCAAAUGACAUACAAUUGGAUGAAAUAGCAGCUCUUAAUAGAACAGAAAGAUCGCAAAAUGAUUUAGAUGAAAGCAUUGCCCCAAGGCCAGCAGCCAGAGAUGCAUCAACAUAUGUGGGAGAAGUGACUCAGCUCGUUGUUAAUGAAGAAAUUCUAUUGAAAUCGGAAAAUGAUCAUCCAAACGAACAAAAGUUGCAGUGGGUUACCGAUAACACUAACAAUGACAUUAUCGAACGUAUGGACAGUUAUAAAUACGAAAAACAAGUAGUCCAUGACUACAGUAAAUAUCAUGAUGCUGAGCUACUAUUCAAUACACACAAAACAUUGAUAGAUGCCGAAAGCACUCAUCACCCAUUGUACGAAUCAAAACCUUUGACCAGUAUCGUGCAAAAAGAUAGCGAACAUAAAUCUUCAGAAGAUAACGUCAAAUCCUUACAUCAUUCUACUGAGUCUGAUCUUUGCCUAACAUCAGAAUAUGAAACCGAAAUGAUAAUGACUUUACAAACUAUUGCUAACGACAGUUUCCACUACUAUCCUGAAAUGAUAGAAGCAGAGAAAAAAUAUUAUGAAUUGAAAAGUAAAACAGAUACGGAAAUAUUCACAACAGAAAAUAAGCAAAAUGAUGCUGAUGCUUCAUUGCAAGUGCACAACAUAGGAGUAGGGUAUAGUUCACAAGAUAAUUUAAUUCCGGAAGAUGACAUUCAGGAUAUCGUUGGAAGAGAACAUGGCCCGCAAGAUCAAUUCACCCCGAAAGAUAACAUGGAAAUAUUGUCAAGCGAUCAACCUGUAACCAUUGAGGAACAUAUUUUAAUUCAAUCUGUACCAGAUGAAGAGGACAUUUUAAUUCAGAUGAGAGAAGAGUCAUUCAAACAGGAGAAGUCUUUGAAUAUUAAGGAUUAUACUAAAAUAUUGGUGGAAGAGAAUACUCCAAGUCAAAUGACAGAAGAGUCAUUCAAACAGGAUGAACCUACAAGUAAUCUGGAAGACACUCACAUGUUGACAACCGUUGCAGAUUCUAUCGAAGUUGUUAAAAACAAGCAAGGUGAACAAAAUCUCACAGACAUGGAUGAAGUCAUUCUUACGACAGACACAUCAGUUGUUACAAAACCAGAGCAAUGUUCGGAUGCAAGCAAUACGUUGAGUAAUGUUGUGCAGGAAAAUGAUGCCAUACCAAAACUGGAGGAUAGUAUCGGAACUGACCAUGGCUCACAGGAUGAAUUCAUCUCUAAAGAUAACGUGGAAAUAUUGUCAAGCGAUCAACCUGUAUCCAUUGACGAACAUAUUAUACUUCAAUCGGUACCAGAUGAAGAGGAAAUUUUAAUUCAGAUGAGAGAAGAGUCAUUUAAACAGGAAAGCUCUCUAAAUAUCGAGGAUAAAACUGAAAUAUUGGUGCAAGAGAAUACUCCAAGUCAAAAUACAGAAGAUUCAUUCAAACAAGAUGAACCUACAAUUAUUCUAGGAGACACUAACAUGUUGACAAACGUUGCAGAUUCUGUCGAAGUUGUUGAAAACAAGGAAGGUGAACCGAAUAUCGCAGACAUCGAGACAUCAUUUACAGAAACCAAAAUAAUAAGCGCAGACAUUUUAAUUCAGAUGAGAGAAGAGUCAUUCAAACAGGAGAAGUCUUUACAUAUUGAGGAUUAUACUGAAAUAUUGGUGCAAGAGAAUACUCCAAAUCAAAUGACAGAAGAGUCAUUCAAACAGGAUGAAUCUAAAAUCAAUCUGGAAGACACUCACAUGUUGACAAACGUUGCAGAUUCUAUCGAAGUUGUUGAAAACAAGGAAGUUAAACAAAAUUUCACAGACAUGGAUGAAGUCAUUCUUACAACAGACACACCAGCUGUUACAAAACCAGAGCUAUGUUCGGACGCAAGCGAUACGUUGAGUAAUGUUGCACAGGAAACAAACAAAGAUAACAUGGAAAUAUUGUCAAGCGAUCAACCUGUGUCCAUUGAAGAACAUAUUUUAAUUCAAUCUGUACCAGAUGAAGAGGACAUUUUAAUUCAGAUGAGAGAAGAGUCAUUCAAACAGGAGAAGUCUUUAAAUAUUGAGCAUUAUACUGAAAUAUUGGUGGAAGAGAAUACUCCAAGUCAAAUGACAGAAGAGUCAUUCAAACAGGAUGAACUUACAAUUAAUCUGGAAGACACGCACAUGUUGACAAACGUUGCAGAUUCUAUCGAAGUUGUUAAAAACAAGGAAGGUGAACCGAAUAUCGCAGACGUUGAGACAUCAUUUACAGAAACCAAAAUAAUAAGUGCAGACAUUUUAAUUCAGAUGAGAGAAGAGUCAUUCAAACAGGAGAAGUCUUUACAUAUUGAGGAUUAUAAUGAAAUAUUGGUGGAAGAGAAUACUCCAAGUCAAAUGACAGAAGAGUCAUUCAAACAGGAUGAAUCUAAAAUUAAUCUGGAAGACACGCACAUGUUGACAAACGUUGCAGAUUCUAUCGAACUUGUUAAAAACAAGGAAGGUGAACAAAAUCUCACAGACAUGGAUGAAGUCAUUCUUACGACAGACACACCAGCUGUUACAAAACCAGAGCAAUGUUCGGAUGCAAGCGAAACGUUGAGUAAUGUUGUGCUGGAAACUGAUGCCAUACUAAAACUGGAGGAUAGUAUCGGAAGUGACCUUGGCUCACAGGAUGAAUUCAUCUCUAAAGAUAACGUGGAAAUAUUGUCAAGUGUUCAACCUGUAACCAUUGAGGAACAUGUUAUAAUUCAAUCAGUACCAGAUGAAGAGGACAUUUUAAUUCAGAUGAGAGAAGAGUCAUUCAAACAGGAAAGGUCUCUAAAUAUCGAGGAUCAAACUGAAAUAUUGGUGGAAGAGAAUACUCCAAGUCAAAUGACAGAAGAGUCAUUCAAACAGGAUGAACCUAAAAUUAAUUUGGAAGACACGCACAUGUUGACAACCGUUGCAGAUUCUAUCGAAGUUGUUGAAAACAAGGAAGGUCAACCGAAUCUCGCAGACAUGGAUGAAGUCAUUUUUACAACAGACACACCAGCUGUUACAAAACCAGAGCUAUGUUCGGACGCAAGUGAUACGUUGAGUAAUGUUGUACAGGAAACAAAAGUGGAGGAUAACAUCGGAAGCGAGCAUGGUCCGCAAGAUCAAUUCAUCCCGAAAGAUAACACAUUGUCUAGCGAUCAAUCUGUAACCAUUGAGGAACAUAUUAUAAUUCAAUCAGUACCAGAUGAAGAGGACAUUUUGAUUCAGAUGAGAGAAGAUUCAUUCAAACAAGAAAGGUCUCUAAAUAUCGAGGAUCAAACUGAAAUAUUGGUGGAAGAGAAUACUCCAAGUCAAAAUACAGAAGAUUCAUUCAAACAGGAUGAACCUACAAUUAAUCUGGAAGACACUCACAUGUUGACAAACGUUGCAGAUUCUAUCGAAGUUGUUGAAAACAAGCAAGGUGAACAAAAUCUCACAGACAUAGAUGAAGUCAUUCUUACGACAGACACACCAGCUGUUACAAAACCAGAUAUAUGUUCGGACUCAAGCGAUACGUUGAGUAAUGUUGUGCAGGAAACUGAUGCCAUACCAAAACUGGAGGAUAGUAUCGGAAGUGACCAUGGCUCACAAGAUGAAUUCAUCUCUAAAGAUAACGUGGAAAUAUUGUCAAGCGAUCAACCUGUAACCAUUGAGGAACAUAUUAUAAUUCAAUCGGUACCAAAUGAAGAGGACAUUUUAAUUCAGAUGAGAGAAGAGUCAUUCAAACAGGAAAGGUCUCUAUAUAUCGAGGAUCAAACUGAAAUAUUGGUGGAAGAGAAUACUCCAAGUCAAAAUACAGAAGAUUCAUUCAAACAGGAUGAACCUACAAUUAAUCUGGAAGACACUCACAACGUUGCAGAUUCUAUCGAAGUUGUUGAAAACAAGGAAGGUGAACAAAGUCUCACAGACAUGGAUGCAGUCAUUCCUAAGACAGAAACACCAGCUGUUACAAAACUAGAUCUAUGUUUGGACGCAAGCGAUACGUCGAGUAAUGUUGUAGAAGUAACUGAUGCUGUACCAAAAGUGGAGGAUAUUGUUGGAAGAGAGCAUGGUCCGCAAGAUCAAUUCAUCCCGAAAGAUAACAUGGAAAUAUUGCCAAGCAAUCAACCUGUAACCAUUGAGGAACAUAUUUUAAUUCAAUCUGUACCAGAUGAAGAGGAAAUUUUAAUUCAGAUGAGAGAAGAGUCAUUCAAACCGGAGACGUCUUUAAAUAUUGAGGAUUAUACUGAAAUAUUGGUGGAAGAGAAUACUCCAAGUCAAAAUACAGAAGAUUCAUUCAAACAGGAUGAACCUACAAUUAAUCUGGAAGACAUUCACAUGUUGACAAACGUUCCAGAUUCUAUCGAAGUUGUUGAAAACAAGGAAGGUGAACAAAAUCUCACAGACAUGGAUGAAGUAAUUCUUACGACAGACACACCAGCUGUUACAAAACCAGAUCUAUGUUCGGAUGCAAGCGAUACAUUGAGUAAUGUUGUGCAGGAAACUGAUGCCAUACCAAAACUGGAGGAUAGUAUCGGAAGUGACCAUGGUUCACAGGAUGAAUUCAUCUCUAAAGAUAACAUGGAAAUAUUGUCAAGUGAUCAACCUGUAACCAUUGAGGAACAUAUUAUAAUUCAAUCGGUACCAAAUGAAGAGGACAUUUUAAUUCAGAUGAGAGAAGAGUCAUUCAAACAGGAAAGGUCUCUAUAUAUCGAGGAUCAAACUGAAAUAUUGGUGGAAGAGAAUACUCCAAGUCAAAAUACAGAAGAUUCAUUCAAACAGGAUGAACCUACAAUUAAUCUGGAAGACACUCACAACGUUGCAGAUUCUAUCGAAGUUGUUAAAAACAAGGAAGGUGAACAAAGUCUCACAGACAUGGAUGCAGUCAUUCCUAAGACAGAAACACCAGCUGUUACAAAACUAGAUCUAUGUUUGGACGCAAGCGAUACGUCGAGUAAUGUUGUAGAAGUAACUGAUGCUGUACCAAAAGUGGAGGAUAUUGUUGGAAGAGAGCAUGGUCCGCAAGAUCAAUUCAUCCCGAAAGAUAACAUGGAAAUAUUGCCAAGCAAUCAACCUGUAACCAUUGAGGAACAUAUUUUAAUUCAAUCUGUACCAGAUGAAGAGGAAAUUUUAAUUCAGAUGAGAGAAGAGUCAUUCAAACCGGAGACGUCUUUAAAUAUUGAGGAUUAUACUGAAAUAUUGGUGGAAGAGAAUACUCCAAGUCAAAAUACAGAAGAGUCAUUCAAACAGGAUGAUACUACAAUUAAUCUAGAAAGCACUCACAUGUUCACAAACGUUGCAGAUUCUGUCGAAGUUGUUGAAAACAAGGAAGGUGAACAAAAUCUCACAGACAACGAGACGUCAUUUACAGAAACCAAAAUAACAAGCGCUGCAUUAGAGGAAUCCAUUGGACAAGAAAACAUGGACGAAGUCGUUCCUAAGACCGAAGCAGAAGCUGUUACAAAACCAGAUGCAUGCUUAGAUGCUAGUGAUACAUUAAGUAAUGAUGAAAAGGAAUCAGAUGCUGAACCAAAAAUGGAGGAUUACAUCAGAGAUGAGCAUGAUUCACAAGAUCGAUGCAUCCCGAACGAUAACAUCGAAGCAUUGCAAAGCGAUCAACCGGUAUCCAUUGAGGAACAUACUUUAAUUCAAUCCGUACCAGAUGAAGAGGAAAUUUUAGUUCAGAUGAGAGGAGAGUCAUUCGAACAUGAGAGGUCUUCAAAUAUUCAGGAUGAUACUUUUGUAUUGAUAGAGGCUCGUGAAAAAUCUUCUAGCGAAAACCCUUCUGACGACGAAGCGAAACAACGUUACUUAGCUAAAAAAGCUCAAAGAAAAGAUAAACAAUUGUUGAAAGAAGGUCGUGAUACAAACUUUGAUAUAAGCGAAGCAAUAAAUUCACCAGAAGUUGCAAAGAAUGUUUCAAAUAUUGUGGCACACAGUAGCUCAAUUGAUGUAUGGAAAUCAGGACCAUUAUAUUCCGAAGUAGUAGCAGGAAAUUUAGGUCAAAAACGUGAUGAGCAUAAUCUUAUAGAAGAAAGUGAAUACAUGCUUAGAGGAAAUGCCUCUCCCCAAAUAGAUCCUAUGGAACCUCAACGGACACAUACUAAUGUUCGUGAAAUCACGGAAAGCAGUAUUAAAGUACCGCUAAACAUAGAUCUGAAUCAAAAAGUAAAUCAAGGCAUUCAAAUUACAGAAUCAAAUCAAACUGUAAAUGAUGUCAAAAAUUUGCAGACUGAUAACAAUGACCUACAGAUAUUACCUAUACAAAUCGAAAGUACUACAACUAAACCAGAAGAAAUAGAGACAUCAUCUCAAGGAAUAGUCAUCGUAGGCUCUAAAUCAAUAACAGAAACAAACAAUGAACCACAUCAUGAGCAGCCAGCAUGUCAACCCCAACAGAUAUCAGCUGCAAGUAAUGAAAACGUUACAAGUCAUUUUAGUAUUGAAACAUGCUCGGUUGAAAAUUACACGGUAGUAACCGAAAUAACAUACACAUCGUCAGUAAUCGAUGUGCAAGAGCCUGAAAUCAAUACUGAAACAACAACAAUAACAUCAAUAUCGAUACAGGGUGAUAAAGUUAAAGAGUUGGAACAAUUGACUCCAAGCUCUUCAACUGCAAAUCUAUCGGCUCUCACAGGGGAAGAAUUUACCGAUUAUUCUUCAAAGCCGACCGAAGAAGGCACUCGCACUCAUGUUAAGCUUUCAAUGACUCAGGACAAUUUGUUGGACGAUACACUUAUUAAUGACAGACCAGAACAUUUGUCCCGUGCAGAAGAGGAUGAACCAUUUUCAGAUCCUGAAUUAACACUUGAGUCCCAACAACUUGGAAAACCUAUUUGGGAAGAUAAACAUACCCAUGAUGAUGCUGAAAUAGAAUACCUAAAGUCGUUGCAAGCUGUUCAAAGUCACGAAAAACCUGAAGAAGACAGUCCCACGCUCGCAAAUCCCACAACUAACCUACAACUACAUACAGUCGCAGUAGACGACGCAGAAUCAAUUCAGCUAGCGCAGGCAACUAACGAAACACUAAUAAAUGUGCCCCAUCCGCCUUUGCAACAAAACCUUCACGUUACCAUCAAAAGCUCCGAUCCUUCAAUUUCUCCCACACUUCCGAUCAACCAAAAUACGCUAGGUUCAACGUGCAACGUAAAUCUAAGUAGUUCUAAAGAAAAUGUGGCUGAUUGCACAAUAAGUAAACAGACACUUACCGAAAGUGUGGAAAAUAUUUUGGAAUCGCUGCUCGGUGAGGAAUUAAAGAUGAAUAAUCUCCCGUAUGAUAACAUAAACGAUUUAAUCAAGGGACUACAGGUGCUAAUCGAAAAGCUGGCUGAUUACAAGCAGCAAAACUAUGCUAUAUCAAUGAGCCUCCCACCGAAUGCUGACGAAAAGGUUAGAGAAUCUGUUCGGAUGAUUGAUGAUCGAAUAGAUUUUCUACGUCAACGAGCACAUCAUGGAUUAGAAAAGAUACAGCAAUCACUUAAACUAAGAGAGCAACGCAAAUCAGAAAUACGUGCCUAUUCCAACCUGUUAGAAGAAAUUGACCAUUGGGUGUCUACGACGUCAAUUCAACUUACUGAUAUUGACGAAAGUGCAUCGAAAAAUAGCCUCGAAGAAGUUCUGCAACAAAAUCAGAAGCUAUUGGCUGAACUGCGCGAAAAGGAGCAUCAGUCGAAGACCAUUUACGAGUCAACAGAAAAUUACCUUAUGUACGCAGACAUAUGUGAUAAAUCAAAUGCUCUGAGAGAACAGUUCGCAAUUCUCAUCAGAACAAUUCGUGAAAAAGCUUUAAUUCUUGAAGAUAACAUACAGCGCAUCAAGCAACUAACAGAACCUAUCGCUAUGUUAAAGGUAGAUAGUGAAAUGCAAACUAGUCCACUAGUUUCAAUGGAUCCUAUGGACAGCGUUACAACUCAACUUCAAGAAGCGUCAUCACAAACUCACAUUGAAAGGUCCACAGACAACUUGAUCAUUAUCCAGUCCAUAUCAGAAGGCCACGAAACUGUUCAUAUAUCAAAUGCUCGUAAUGCUCCUUCCAUUAUUCCAGAAGAAGAAGAAGAAGAUAUAAUAGUGGAAGCUAAAUAUACGCAAUCCAAAUCUGGUGAAUCUAACAAAUCAUCGGAGCUAUUGCUGAGAAAUAUACCUACUUCUACAUUUGAAACAACUUUCGUAGAACCAGACGACAGUUCCAUGGAAAUUAUAGUUGGUAAAGAUGGAUCGAAGAAAAUCACUCUAAAAAAAGUUGUUCAGCCGGUCCAAUCCAUUGAACCAUCCGAUAUGACUGAAGCAUUGAUUACUGCAACACUUGCACCAGAUGCACAAGCACACAUUUUGACAGACACUGAAACAAGAGAUGAUUUAACCUUCAUGGACAAGACAAUGGAACCUCAAAAGGUAGUUGAAAGUAUAUUGGAUGAUAUCCAGAAUGAACUAGUCAGUGUCAUGGAACAACAUGAUGUAGAACCUUUGGGAAGACAAACUCAAGAUGCUCAGGUAUUAGAAUCGGUUGCACAAAAUGUAGAUUUGAUUGCUUCUGAAGUUGAUUCACCAACUAGUACUAUACAAAGCACGCCGCUUAUCAAAGAGUCUAAAACUAAUCUUAUAGAACCUCAAUGUUCCUCUACAGCAGCAUUGACCGAUGAUACUCUAAUAGGAAUAACUGAUGUGUGGCCUCCAUUAGAAGAUACAGGUAAAGUACCCUUAACUAGAACCCAUGCAUUGCCAUCUAAGGUAGCAGCUCCUCUACAAGAAACAUAUGAAAACCCAGAAGAAAUAUGGCCAACCAAUAUGAACACCGGAUCGGAAUACGCCAUAAAACCAAUAAUUGAAGAUGUUCAUUCAGUAGAAUAUCCUUUAUCUGAAAGAGAACAAAUGGUCGAAGAAUCAACAGAUGUCAACAAGGGCGAUAUUACCUACCGCGACAUUCCACAACCUGCAACUGUGUUGCUUAUUGAAACAAACGUGAAUUCAAGUAAAAAAGACGAAAAUAGUCUUGUUAAAACUAGCGAUGCCACAAUGGCUUCAGAUAUUCCUAUUGAAGUUACCAUAUUAUCAGAACAAAUCCCUCCAGAACCUCCAAAAAGUGAUAAUGAUCAACCCCGGGAAGAUCGGUUUGAUGACCAACUAAGCGCCUACCUACAAAAACAAGAUGUUGUCCCAGAUUCCACAGCAGAGGACCGAAGAAAGGAUAUUGAAACUGAGCCUUUAUUGAUAAAGCCCGAAGAAGCGGCCACUGAGAAGAAACUUGAAGUACAGAUUUUGUCUACAAAAGAAGACCAGGGAGCUGUCAAACUGAGUAUGAAUCUCGACCCUGCUGAUGCUGCUAAAAACAUUAAAGUAAGUUUUGUUGAGCUUGAAUCAAAACCGAAAGGAGAUGAUGCUAUCAAAGAAGCUCAACAGAUAGAAAUAGACAUCCUUCCAGUAUCUGAAGAGCUUUUCCUAGCCGAGAAAGUUCCAGGUCUUAGUGAUGUAGAUUUUGAUAAAGGUUACGAAGCGGAUAAAACUACUAUUGAAGGAGAAUCGGAAAAUGAUGACCUUUCCAAAAAGAAGAAGCGGAAGAAGAAGAAGUCAAAACAACAGGACUCAGAUCCACGGGUAGCAAAAUCCACCGAAGGAAUGGCUGCUGUAGAACUUCAACAGGAUAUUCCAAUAUUAGAAACAUGUGAAAGCAUAGAAGAGGAUCAGGACUUUGAAACUAACCCGAUUCAUGUGAUUGAAGAAAGUGUAUUAGGUCCAGAUGAGCAGUUAACGUUAUCAAUACAACAGCAGAUUGUCGUUCCAACAGAAAUUCUGGAAGCUGUAUAUGUAGAAGAUGCUCACCAACAAACAACGCCUGUUCCAAAAGAUUUCCUUGAAGACGAAGCUGACCGUGAAAUAGCACGAAUCACCUCGGAGAUUCUGCUGGUUCCACUAAACUUUGAACAAAAAUCGAUGCAAACAUCUCCUGAACAAGAGGUAGUUAAAAAAUCUCAGCAAACUUCACCCAUCGUAACGCAGUCUGUAGUUUACGAGUUCAAAGAAGUUCAGACUACUGUUGAUUUAUUAGAAAAUGAAACACAAACGGUAGAUAUCGUAAGCAAACAUCGCGAAGAAAAGGAUAUUCAAACAGAUUCGUUCGAAACACAAGCAACGGAAGAAAGUCAACCUAAGGUGGAUGUUUCCGAUUCUGCAAAUCAAACAGUAGUUGUAACCACAGCUGAAUCCGAGAUGCAAACAGUUGAUGAUGUAAAACAAUUAGUUGAACCGAUAGUUGUCAAAAUCAUCGACAAGGCAAUAGGAGAAGGAAUUGAUUUGAAACUGAGACAAGAACAGACUCAAACAAGUCCAGUUGAGUUUGCUCAAUCGAAUAUCACUGUCUCACUAGCUUCACCCGAUACUCACAGUGAAGCCGUUCAAACUCUUGCAACCGAUGUAACAGACGCGCAAACUGCAACUGAAGGAAAUAAUGAAGACAGAGGAUCAUCCCCAGUUGUACAAUAUGCUCCAACAGAAGUCGAAACACAAACUAGCCCAAUUCACAUAUCUAAUGUUUCACUUGAAUGUACCGUCACACAGGAAAGUCAACCAAAGCCCGAUCAACAAUCUGCUCCAGAAGUUCACAGUGCUAAUACACAAACAAGUCAAGUUGAGACAACAGAAGCGCAUGCUCAAACAAUACCUGCGGUAGAUAAAGCGGAAACAGUUGUAGAAAGUACGCAAACGGUUGCCAUUGAACAAUCAUCCGCACCAGAUCAAAGGGAAAAGAAGAAGAAAUCAAAGAAAGGAAAGAAAACCAAAACUAUUCCCAUUGAGUUGGAAGUGCAAACAGAACUGCAUAUUCCGGAUAGUGCUGGUGUGAUUGAACCAAUAACAUUAACAAGGACGGUCAUGGAAGAAAGAAGCAUCGAUGCACAUAAUUCUCUUAAUGUUCAAAUUCAACUAGAACUUGAGCAUCCAAAGCAAACGACAACAUAUAGUGCCAUCAAAACGGAAAUUCCUGGAGAUAAAUCGUGGAGUAUCAGCUUAACCGACUACUUCUCAAUAAUCAGAGCACACAAAAGUUUUGCUGAGAAUAAGGUAGUACCGUGGAAUGAGAUGGCUGUUAUGCUUCCGAAAAUAUAUUCUAUAACAACAACCAGCGAAUCCGUUCAAGGUCCUGGAUUUUCUUACAAAUCCUUAAUCACCGAUGAUUUCCCACUUGACCUCGAUAGCUCAAUUUCUCUUUUAGAAGGAAAUCGUCAUAAUACAGAAUUGCAGCAGCAAAUUCUUUUCGACGUGCUCGAAACAACAAGCAAACAAGUGGAAGAUAUUGCUGUAGGAUUACACCACCUACCACAACUUAAUGAAACAGAUCGCGUUGGGCUAUGUAAUGUGUAUAAAAUAAGGUUGCAAUACAUGUCAGACACAAUCCCACGCUUUGUCAAUUACGCGAUAGAAAAUAAUAUUACUCCCAAGCAAGAUAUUACUGCGUGUUUAGAACAAACAAGAAACAGCAUCGAGGAGUUGGAGACAACCAUCGCAUCAAAAGAAGAAGAAACACGCAUCAAUGAUAACAUAAGACACCAGUUUUCAGGCACGCUUUUACAGAUCAAUAGCCAAUUACAAGAAAUCGACGAAAAACUCAAUUCCAUUAUCCCCGACCUUUCACUUUCCGUACACGACAAGCUGGCUAGUCUAGAUAAUGUUGAAGAUCGCAUUAUAGAGUGCUUGAGAAAUAUAUCAUUGAUAUUUGAACAAGUUAGCAAUCUCAAGGAUAACGCCAAUGAAAUGUAUUUGGAAGAUGAUCUACUAAGGGCUGAUCAGAUUGCAAGGAAAAUUCAACAGACGGUCAUCAUAGAGAGAAAUAAACUACAUCAACUAAAUGGAUUAGCUGAAGAAUACGAACAAACACUUCUGGAGUUCGAAGACAUCGCAUCUGCCGCUGCAGAUUUCAUAGAUAACGAAAUUUCUACCAACAGCUUGCAAGAGCUUCAAGAGGAAAUGCAACGGUAUCGUAAAUUCUUCGUCAACCUCAGCCAUUGCAAGAUGAUUCUAGAAUCGCUGGAAUCUAACUUGGAUCCAAUAACUCGUAUGAAGCAUGCCAAACUACAUUCAGCAUUGUACAACAAAACAAGCAACAUUUUGGAGCGAGCAGUAGACAGAGCCGCCCGAUUAGCGCAAGCAGCUUCCAAAUGGACAGUCCUUGAGAAAGACAUGCGUGAUGAGGCUCAAUGGCUACAAGUUGCUCAACAACGCAUUCCGGAUCUACGAAAUGUGUCAUCCGAAGAUUUUGAACAAUAUAUUAAAUUAUAUGAGUCGUUGAACCAAGAUAUUUUCUGCCAUCAUACGAAAAUGAUGCAACACAACGAAAUUGCUAAGAAAAUGCAAGAACUCAUAUGUGCUCCAGUAUUGGAAAAGGACAGUAGUGAAGCUUUGACAGUGGUUAUGCAAUUGAAAGAAGAGGUAUCACUUUAUCUCAACAAACUGCGAAAAUUCAAAAACCACUGGAAUAGAUAUAAUAUCUGUGCCGAUAAGCUGCACGAAUGGAUUUGUGAAGCCUAUAAAAAUUUGGGCUCAAUCACCAUUCCGGAAAAUCUUGCUGAAACUCCAGUUGAGGAUAUGCGCAAAUUUUGGGAAGUCAAAGCUCAAUACGAAGUCAUGAACAAUAAAGUAUACGGAAAAGCUUGUGAUUCGCUGGAUCAUGCUUUAGCCACCAUCAACAUAUCUGAUGAAGAGCUGCAUCGUCAACUGCAUGGACAAAUGUUAGAAAACUGGCUUGCUGUCUCUACAAAGAUAUCUAACAUUCAGAAGCAAGUUUACGAAUCCAUCAAAACUAAUUCUACGUCCCCCAAUGAUAAAAUAACGUUCAUUGAGCAAGAGCUGUAUGAUAUCAACAUAAUUUUCAACAGCAUAAAAGGAGUUCUCAAGUCCCCAGAAGACCUAUACUUGUAUUUGGAAAAAAUGCAAAUGUUGAAGACACGCAUUCAUUUGAUUGAUAAUGAGCUAGGGCAGAUUGCAUUGGCAUCAGAAUUUGACGUGGAAAAAAUCACUGAAAUAUUCGAGAUCUCUCGAAAUCUGUCUCACCAAAUCGAUGAGGAACAUGAAGCUGCUGAAACUUUCUAUAAACGCCUGGAAAACAUAGAAAAUGGUAUCAAAGAGCAAGAAAAACGUUUCAUUGAUAUCACUAGGAUAUUAGAUGAAUGUGCAACAAAAGUCAAUGGAAGAAGACCAGAUGUUGGAAAAUCACUGGAAGAUUGUAAACUAUGUCAAUCUGAUCUAAGUGAUUGUUGGAACGAGAUGAUGAAACUAAGACAAAUGCUUCACACUUUGCCGAUGAAUUUGAAGGUGACUGUGUCACCACAGCAAACAGAGAGAGAUUUAUCCAUACUGCAAAACAUUCAUAGUGACCUUGAACGGAAAUGUGAGAAUAACAUGACUCUCUUGAGGAAUCGUCUGUCCCUAUGGAAUAAAUUCCAUUGCCAGAUGGAAAUUAUCCAAAAUCAUACUCAAGAAACAGAAUUCAUGAUGGAAUUGCUGCAACUGCAAGAAACUGCUGACUAUCAGCGCUUGUUGAAAGCUACUGAACGGCUUGAUGCCCUGCUCAUUGAGAUUGAAAACAGAAAACAUACAAUUGAUGACUUGCAAGAUAUUGCUCAACCAUUAAUUGAAACGUCGGAAGCUAGUGUUUCGUUGGAAAUUCAGGAAACAGUCCAGAAAAUUUCUGUUGUAUGGCAGAGCACCCGAGAAAGCUUGCAAGAUCUAUGUCAUCGAUAUGAAAAGGCAGUUAAGCUUUGGGAACUGUACAAUGGAAUCAGUGAAAGUGUAAGAGAUUGUGUUUCCAGUGAGUUUUCGGAUUUCAACGCGCUGAAAAAUAUCGAUAAUUUGCAACAGCUGGCAAGCUAUCAAGAUUUGGUAGCCGGGAAGAGGAAAGACUUGGAUAAGCUGAAACAAUUCAUUGAUGACAUAAAUGGACAAGUUGGUUUCAAUGUAGGUAACACUAUGUUGUCCGAGAUUGAGGAGUUUGCGAAAAAGUUGGAAGAUAUUGAAGAAGGUAUUGUAUCGCAAUUGAACGAUGCAACCUUACGUAAAUCGGAGAAAACGCUAAAACAAACAACGUACCAAACUUCAAAUAAAAUAGUCGAACAGCUACAACAGAGCAUUCAAAGUCAACUCCCAGAUUCCGAGCUUGGCGAUCAAAUUGUGAAUCUUCAGAAAUAUUUGAUAAGUCUUAGCGCUACAGAAUCUCGUUUGAAGAAAAUUGCACUUGAUAAAGCAAGCACCGGUGCCGUCACUAAUACGCAAAUGGAUUUCAAAAAUUUGCAUUCUUUGUCAUAUUCUUUACUGCAAGAUACGUUCCAACAACACCAAGAUGUGCUUCAACGAAUAGUACUGCAAACUGAUGAUGCCUGCUUACUACAAUAUUGGCAAAAUUAUCUACAACAGGUCGAAAUAUUCCUAGCCGAAGAAGUACCCUGUGAAGAAACGAAGCUACAACAAUAUCGAGAUCAAUAUACUCUAAUGAGGUAUCUAGUUCGACAGUGGAAAAUCACAAUUAUGAAAAAGUCUCAAAUCGAAACCAGUCUAGAAGACACCUACAAUGUCUUAAAUCACCAACACAAAAACUGCAUUGAGAAAAUCGAUGAGAAGAUUUUUGAAAUUGAAGAAAAAUUGCAACAUUGGCAAAAAUACAAUUCAGCGAAAAAUGCAUUGCAAGAUGCAGUCACGAGCAUUGAGGCUGAGAAACAUACUCUUCAAUUGGAGUACAUCAACUUAAAAGAGUUGUCAAAAUUGAUUUCCAAAGUAGACCGAUUGCAAAAACGUUUCCCUGAACUUGAAACGGAUCUCUCCAAUAUGAACCAAGAGAUGACGCAACUAAUAUCGUAUCCCGUUGACGAUCAUACCAGUAUAGCUAUAAAAAAUGAUCACGGUAGGAUAACACAGCAAAUCUCGAAGCUAAAAGAUAAUGUUACAACAUGGAGAAAAUUCCUAACAGGUGUACUGGAGUUGUACAACAACUUUGACUCUCAGUGCAACCAGAUUCAAUUUAACCUAAACGAGCUGGGGCAAUGCUUGGAAAGCUUCAACUGUGACAAUCCAGAGACAUCUCAACAUCAUUUAAAUAUGCUAAAGAAUGAACAGCUACGAUUGGAAUGUAUCAAAGAGGAAUUGCUAAAAAUAAAUGUUGCCAAAGAAGAGCUGCAAUAUUGUAUUAGCACAUUUGACGCAAAACUCAACAACAAACGUAUAUACGCUCUAUGGCAGCUUUUUGAAAAACUUGAGCAAACUAUUUCAGUCCUAGUAAAACAAAUGCAAGAUAGAAUACAAAACCGGAAGUUGUUCCAAAAACAAUAUAAUUUGCUGAUGGAAUGGAUCAUGGAGUUCGAAAAACGAAUGAACGAUUCCAACAAAUAUCAAAUGUGCGAAGAGGACACAACUUUCAUCAAGUCUGUGGAAGAUAUGCUUUUGCAAGAAGUAUCUUGCAAAGAAUCAGAAAUAGCCUGGAUUAACGUGAUUGGAAAUGAUUUGGCCGAAAACUUACCAGCUGGUGAAGAACGUACGGAAGUGAUAUCCAAGUUGAAGCACUUGAAUGAUACUUGGGCCAAACUUUUGCGCCAAUGCCAAGACCGCACUCAGAAGAUAUCUGAAGUUAACGCGACAACUAUAUCGUUGCAGCAGCGGAUAAAUGACGCUAGAGCAUGGAUGACAAAAAUCGAGUGUAAACUGAAACAACCAUUCAUAUUUGAGAACGUUGAGAAAAAUUGUUUGGAUAGGCUUCUAGAUGAUUAUGAAAAAUUACAGCGAUCGAUUGAAGGGAACAGUGUAAACAUAGCAGAGAUUCUCAAUUUGUGCGAAAUGCUGUUCACAGACGUUGAGUCUUGGAAUGUACAUAUUGACCGUAAACUUAUCAACCAUGAAGUGAAGCAUUUAGAAAUGAGAUGGAAGAAUAUCUGCAUGAAUACUAGCAGAAGAAAGCAGGACAUGUUGUCAAUCUGGAGCAUGUUAGUAGAAAUACAACAAAUAGUCGAGUCACAUCACGAUUGGCUUAUUCAGACCAACAAAUACUUGGAAGAAUUCGAUGAUCAGCGAGAAGUGCUGGAUGACGUAUCCCUUUGCAAUACAUUGCAAGAGCUUACUACUAAACAUACUGAUAUGAUUGCACAAGAGCCGAUUCAACACAUCCUUAGAAGAUUGUAUAUUUCAAUUAAUAAACACGAUCGUAUUGAACGGGCCAACAUGCACAAUAUCACAGUGACAGCAAAGCAAAUGCUAUUAAUUUGGGAAAAGCUCAUAUGGAAAUUCAAAGUCAUCAGAUCACGUACCGAAGAACUGAGAAACCUUUACUUGACAUUUAAUAGUGAAUACGAAAACAUCAUUGUGGCUUUAACGCAAAUUGAUGUUCAAGUCACCAACAUUAAACACCUACAAGAGACUACAACUGAAGAGACACCGGAAACCAAAUUGAAGCACCUACGUGAAUUGCACAAUGAACUACGAUUUGUCAUCAAUCUUUUUGACAUGCAAGAUGAAGUUGGCAGUUCACUGGUACGAUCAUUACCCGUGAACAGUACAAUGUCACUGAAAGUACAACAACAAAUAUUAGAAUAUCAUCAACUUGCCAACAGCAUAAAGGACUCUUUGGAUGCUUUGGUAAAUCAAACUAACGAAGAAUCAGGAAAGCAUAAAGUUCAACAACAUUUCAAAACUGACGCUGGAAAAGAUUACGCUGAGCGAGAUUACGCUGUACAAGUAGACACGCUGCCUGCUUUAUCCAUUACUGCUAAAGAUGCGUACCAGUAUCAAUUGAAAACAGCUCUUACGGAAACAGAAUCAAACCUAGCAGCACUAAAUACCUCGAUUGCAGAAAUAAAUGCUAGUAAUUUCAUGAAAUCUACACAAACAGUAUCAAGAGCAUCGUCAGCCUGUGAGUCCUCCAUCGAAUUGAUCAAGCAUCUUAACAUGAUUUUAAUAUCGGAAUGCCACUGUGAUGAUGAAGAUGCAAUGAGUAAUUUAGUAAAAGACGAAUGUGAUAAAUAUACAUUAUAUCAAUCAGAAUGGCACACAAAACAGCAAAAAUUGGAAGAAAUGAGGUCGUUUCCUAUAUCUUAUAACUUCAUAUGUAUGCACAACGAAGAUUACUUAACAUGCCCUCUAUGCACAAAUCGAAAUUGGCAACAAAUCGAUAACGAUCUUUGGCGGCUCGAACAGUGGCUAUCAAUGGCUGAAACAACUCAAAAGUCACAGCAUACACAGCCACCAAACGAUAUUGAUACUCUGGAAGAUUUCAUUCAAGAUCACCGCGAGUUUUUGCUGGAUUUGGAUAGUCAUAAAAGCAUAAUAAAGUCGUUGAAUAUAGUUGGAGAGCACCUAGCCACCCACACACUAGACACUGAAAAGGCCAUCAAAUUGAGAGAACGCCUGCAAAGUAAUAACCAACGAUGGGAUAAGGUGUGCAAUCAAGCAUCACAUUGGCAAGCACAGCUCCAUAGAUCUUUGAUGGAAAACAAAGAAUUUCACCGAACAGUCACUGAGCUAUGCAUCUGGUUAGAGCAAACAGAGAACAAGAUCAAAUCAUCAGAGCCUAUCGACUUAACUACCGAUAAGAAAAUAAUUGAAAGGAAAUACAAGAUUUUCAAGGAACUCAGGAAUGAUUUAGUGCGAUGCGAACCACGUGUAGUGAGUUUACAAGAAACAACAUCACAGUUAACAAAAUAUUUGGAUGAACAUAAAUCGCAAAAGUUUGAUGAAAUAUAUGCCAAGUUGACCGAUCUGAGGCUACGAUUCCACUCGAUACGAAGGUUGGUAGAGAUGUACACAAUAAAAAUUGCAGCAGCAAUAGAUAUCGACCGACCGCUCGACACGAAUGCUUCGUCAUCAGCAACCAGCUCAGAAAAGAAUCGAGAGGGUAGCGGAUCGUUCUCACACGUAGCAACAUAUGAAGCAAAUACUCAAGGCGAGAGCGAAGAGGAUCACAUAAAUACGACAGUAUUGACCAGAAGUUAUCGAUUUUUGGGCCGGGUGCUACGAGCGUCCCUUCCUAUUCAGGCAAUGCUAUUGCUUCUACUAGGUGUUGCUACUCUCAUGCCCCAUGGUGAAGAUUACUCAUGCUCGCUGACUAAUAACUUUGCGAGAAGCCUUGAACCAAUGCUUCGUUACCCGAAUGGUCCACCACCAAUCUGAGCUAAUGAAGAUCAACGAGCGCAGCAGACUCAUACCAAUGUGCAA